AUGGAGCCCCCAAAUGUUUCUGCAGUCACUGAGUUUCAGCUGCUGGGGUUCCAGAACCUUCUCGAGUGGCAGUCCCUGCUGUUUGCCAUCUUCCUGUUCAUCUACGUCCUCACGGUGCUGGGGAACGUGGUCAUCAUCGCCGUGGCGAGCCACGACCGGAGGCUGCACACGCCCAUGUACACGCUCCUGAAGCACCUGUCCUUCCUGGAGGUCUGGUACACCUCCACGGUGGCGCCGCCGCUGCUCGCCAGCCUGCUGUCCUGGGGCCGCGCCAUCUCCUUCCCCGCCUGCAUGGCCCAGCUCUACUUCUUUGUGUUCUUCGGGGCGACCGAGUGCUUCCUCCUGGCCACGAUGGCCUAUGACCGCUACCUGGCCAUCUGCAGCCCCCUGCGCUACUCCCUGCUGAUGAGCCCCGAGGCCUGCGCCAAGCUGGUGGCGGUCUCCUGGCUGGGCGGGGGUCUCUAUGCUGUGAUGCACACGGCUGGCACCUUCUCCUUGUCCUACUGCGGGUCCAACGUGGUCCGCCAGUUCUUCUGUGACGUCCCCCAGUUACUGGUUAUUUCCUGCUCAGGAAAUCUAAUGAACGAGCUUGUCCCCAUUGUCAUUAGUGUGGUGCUGAGCAUCUGCUACUUCAUGUGCAUCGUCUUUUCCUACGUCCACAUCUUCUCUGCGGUCAGGAAGAUCCCGUCCACGGAGGGCCAGGCCAAGGCCUACUCCACCUGCCUCCCCCACCUGCUGGUCGUGGUGCUGUUUCUCCUCACUUCAUUCUUCGCUUACCUGAAGCCGACCUCGGAGACCCCGUCCGCGUCUGACCUGGUCAUUUCUAUGUUCUACACGAUGGUGCCGCCCACCUUCAACCCCGUCAUAUACAGUCUGAGGAACCAGGCCAUGAAGUCGGCCGUGGGCAGACUGCUGAGGGGCCGGCUCACGAGCACCAUCGUCUGCAAGGUGAAGGGAGCCCGGCUGCAGCUGCGCCUCCCUGUGCUCAGUGCUCUCAUCCCGACGCUGAGUUCUGGCUCCUGCGGCGCCCCUGUCGGCCAGACCCGCGUGGCCUCCGUGGCUGAGUUCCAGGAGGGCGGCGACUCCUUCACAGUCACGACGGACCGCUGCGGUUUCGGCAGCCACACGGCCCCAAAGGACGCCCCGCCGCGCUGA